GCGCCGUGCCCGCCAGUGCCGCCGCCGUCGCCGACUGUGUUGCGUGUGUGCUGCUGCUGUUGACCCCGCGCUUGGCGUCCACUGUAAACAUUGCACUGCAUACAACAAACUGUUACGUUACACUCUCCUACUUCUUAGGAACCGGUUACUCCCGAUAUUUCUGAGUGACACGUACCGAUUGUGAUUUUUGUGUUACCUAGAAUAGUUUGGUGAAAAUCUAGUUAACUUAAUGAUAAUUGGAAGUGCUUGUGGAAUCAUUUUAUCAGUAGUGCAGUAAUCUGUGAGUGGAUAUACAGAAUUUUCUCUAUAAUUGGAUUGCUUUACGGCAGCGAAUAAUCUAAAUUGGCAGAAGAUGGCGUGUGUGGAGAGGAUUAGGCACUAAUCCAAAAUGGCCGUCGCCCGCGCGGUCUUGCUCCUGUUAGCGUCGACGGCGCACGCCUGGAUGCCGGAUGCUAAUGCACGGAUACACGUUAAAUACGGCGAGGAGACUUCAGAGCAGUUCGUGGGCAACUCGACAGCGCCUGAUCAUUUUCGUAUAUUAGACAAGGAUGAUUUCUCGAUCAUCGUCGGUGGCAGAAACGCCGUUUAUAAUCUAAGCCUGUACGAUUUGUCUGAAAACGUUGAUCAGCGUCUAGAAUGGCAGUCAACAGACGCGCACAGAGAACUAUGUCAGUUAAAAGGCAAAUCAUCGGACGAGUGCCAGAACUACCCGCGCGUGGUGGCGCGAUCACACGGCCGCUUGCUGGUGUGCGGCACCAACGCCUUCAAGCCGCUCUGCAGGCGAUACGACACCUCGCGACAGAACCACCGCCUCGAAGAGUUCGACGGCUCAGGAAGAUGCCCAUACGACCCGGAGCAUAAUUCCACUUCUAUAUUCACUGACGGUCAAUUGUACACUGCGACGGCAGCUGAUUUCUCCGGCACGGAUCCCCUGAUCUACCGCGAACCCGUGAAGACAGAACGCUCAGAUCUCAGAAUGCUCAACGAUCCGUCAUUCGUCGGAGCAAUCGCUUCCACCAGCCAUGCCUACUUUUUCUAUCGAGAAACCGCCGUGGAAUACAUGAACUGUGGAAAGGCGGUGUACUCGCGAGUCGCCCGGGUCUGCCUCAACGACAAGGGCGGACCACACACUUUUAGCGAGCGAUGGACUUCCUUCCUUAAGACGAGACUCAAUUGCUCCGUGCCUGGGGAAUAUCCAUUCUAUUUUGAUGAAAUACAGGCAACGACUGAAUUGAUCAACGGAAUAUACGGUAGUGGGAACACAAGGAACGAUAUAAUAUACGCCGUAUUCACGACGCCGCAAAACGCGAUAGGAGGCUCCGCGGUCUGCGCUUUCGCUAUGAGAGAUAUAUUAGACGCAUUCGACGGACCUUUUAAAGGACAAGAGAGCAUGAAUUCAAAUUGGUUGCCGUUAGAGAAAGAAAAAGUACCACAUCCUAGACCUGGCUCCUGCGUAGAGGAUAGUAGAACUCUAUCCGAUUCCGGUGUAAACUUCAUAAAGUCGCAUCCGUUGAUGGAGAAAGCCGUACCUUCGUUUUUAGCACGGCCGAUACUGAUCCGAGUUAGUUUACAGUAUCGGUUUUCAGCGAUCGCCAUCCAUCCUCAGGUGCAAGCUAUGAAUGGAAACAAAUAUGACGUGAUGUACAUCGGUACUGAUGAUGGGAGGGUUAUUAAAGCUGUGAAUGUGGCUGCGAAUGAUGGCUCUUUCGAUGCCAGCGUGGAUGAAUCCAGUAGGAACCCAGUAAGGACAGCGGUUAUAUCGGAGGUGCAAGUUCUGCCGACCGGGGUUCCAGUGAAGCAGAUGCAUGUCGCGCUAACUACGGAGAAACUGAUUGUUGCUUCGGGCGAUAUUAUCAAAGGAGUUUCUUUGUCUCAUUGCACCAACGUACUAUCGUGCAGGGAAUGCGUGUCGCUGCAAGACCCGCACUGCGCGUGGGACUCCAAGCAGCAGCAGUGCUCGUGGGUCGGCAACCGACAGUUCCCGAACCCGGAGCGCUUCCUGCAGAGCGUGGAGCGCGGCGCCGCCGACGUCUGCAACAAGCUGCCCGCGCUGCUGCCCGAGCGCCGCCACAACCUGCACACCUUGCACACCCAGCCCGCGGACGGCGCGCAGCGCGACCUGCAUAACGAGAUACUCAUAGAGGUCGUCGAAACUAAUGUCGUCUCCGAGGACAAGGCGACAGACAAUCAUAAACAUGAGACAGAUCUGCUGACUGUGGAGGCGGCUGACGGCAACAUCUACAGCGCGCAAGCACUGCUGACGGCCGUAGUGGCCUCCUGCCUCGUCACCCUCAUGCUGGGCUUCGUCAUCGGAUACCUCUUCUCCAGGAGGUUUCGUCAUCCCUUCUUCGCGGACACCUCGCCGUUCAAUGAACAGCACAACCACUUGAACAGGCUAAGUCCUCUGGAGACUCCGUUAAAUGUGAACUCCGGGUACAUGCCGCCCCGGUCCAAGAACGUCAAUAUGGUGGCCAAUGUAGGGCCACUCGUCAAACAAGACAACCUGCAUUUAGAGCUGGGCAAAGACCGCUCCCUGGACAUGAGAAACUCCACGGAAUCCCUCGACAAGGACCUCAAGUGCGGCACGCUACAGAAAGUUAAAAAGACAUACAUUUGAAACCAACAAACGGUGUAUGGUUCCAUUAGGAAGUGAUAGUGACAAGUGGAGGUGUUGCGAACCGCUCGGACUUAGUGUGACGAUUUUUUAACUGUAAAUAUAUCGCUCUCGAGUCAAAUGAAGCCGAGAUUUGACCUUCAUUUGGAGACCUUGGUAAAAACGUUAUCGAAUAUUCCGCGUGUGUACGAAAAACUGAUAGUGAAUCAAGAAAACCAAAUAAAUUGGUGUGUGAACAUUUGUAUAGUUGUCUAUACCUGUCCACCCUGGGACGGUGGUGUGAGGACUUUGUGACGACACUGUUUGAGCAGUGUAGGAUUGCAUUUAGAUAUUAGAUAUUAACUAUAGGAACAAUUUCCUUCAGUAUUUUAAUCCAAUAUUUACAUCUCAUAAAACUAUUUAUUUAAUUGCGAUAAAUAUUAUAAUAUUGCAAUUAAAUAAAUAGUUUUAUGAUAUGUAAUGAGAAUAUUGUGUGAAUAUUUAAUACUGUUUAAAUUUACAAGAUAUUAUAACUGAAAGUGUUAAAAAUAACACAAAACUACUAAAAUCAGGAUCAAAAUGGUUGGUCAUUAAAAGGUUUGUUGAAUUGUUAAAUAAAAUUGAAUCUGUCCUUUGCUAAACAAACCCUGAUUAGCAGUAUUAAAUAUUCACUUUUUACAUUCCAUGUUAAAACUAAAUUUUUAGAAAUAGUCAAAAUACUGUUCUUUGUAAAUAUAAUAAAAAAUUUGUAUAUAAGAUGGUAGGAGAUUGAGGUGGACAUAGUCCCAUUGGACACUAAGUGAACUUGUUUGCGUUGGCAAUGUUUUGUGUAUAGUUAAAGCAUAUAUAAAAUAUUGCAAAGCAGUACUAGCUCAAACAGCUGUGGCCUGUAAUGUUUUAACAAUUAUUUUAAAUUUGUUUUAAAGGAUUUAUGAUUAAAUAAAUUGCUGUGCUAAGUGCAUAGUGCCUUGUAGGUUGCCAAUUUAGUGCCUAAUGUAUUUAGGAUACAACAAGAGUUAUAAUAGAUGUUUAGUAACCUGUUGUAUUAUAAUUUUUUUAACAGAAUUGACUAUAUGAUGUUGGUUGAAUCCGCUUUGUAUAACAUACCCACAAAUUGUAAGACUGUCUACAUAUUUUAUUUCCAUAUAUAAUUACCGCUCUUUCCCGCCACAUAUUUACAGUAUAUUUUUUUCUUUUUAUCUAACAAACAUUUCGUCGAUCUACUAUGAGUAAUUCGAUGUCUGGUAUUUAUUCUUAAAAAAAAUUAUUGAAUAACCCUGAAUGGGAUUAUCACUAGGCUGAAAAAAAACCACCAGAGAUUAUAAAAAAAAUUAAAAAGUGUUCCCACCGUGAAACAAAUCAAAGUUUAUUUAGUUAAGCCGAAAUUGCUUGUAUCUUUCCUGUAUUUCUCACGAAAUUAUUUUACUAGUUUAAUUGUGUUUUGAUAUGCUUUCCUUGAAUGUUGUAAAAAUAAUUGUUUAUAUAUUUUAUAAUAAUAAAUAUUGAGAAUGUGUAUAAAAAAUCUAUUACAUGAAACAUUCAAUUUUCAUUCAAAAGAAUUGUACUUCAAGAUUAUGUAUUAUUUAUAUACUUUAUAUUAAAUAAACCAAU